GAGUGUCUGGCGAAUCCGUCACACGAGAGGAUACGAAUUAAAGCCUAAUAACACCUUUCCACUUGCUCUCAUCAGAUCUCGCCUCGCCGCCAUGGUCUGGUGUAACCACUGUGCGAAGAAAGUUGACGGAUUUCGCCCAGAAGGCGGUGCUUUGGCAUGUAAUAAAUGUGGGAGGAUAUUGGAAAACUUCAAUUUUUCUGAUGAAGUUACAUUCAUUAAGAAUGCCGCUGGACAGAGCCAAGCGUCAGGUAACAUAGUGAGUAGUGUUCAGAGUGGGAUUACAAGCUCACGUGAAAGGAGAAAUAGAAUAGCUAGAGAUGAGUUAAUGAAUUUGAGAGAUGCCUUGCAAAUGGGUGACGACAGUGAUGUUGUGGUUAAUAUGGCUUUCCGAUUAUUUGGGGUGGCAGCUGACCGAAACUUCACCAAAGGACGCAGAAGUGAACUAGUACUCUCUUCCUGUCUCUACUUGGCUUGCAGGAAAAGGGGUUUAGCCUUUCUUCUUAUUGAUUUUUCGAGCUACCUUCGAGUUUCCGUUUACGAGUUAGGUUCUGUCUACUUGCAACUCUGUGAACUGCUCUUCUUGGUGCAAAACGACAACUAUGAGGAGCUUGUUGAUCCUUCUAUCUUCAUUGAACGAUUCACAAAAAGCUUAUUGAAAGGUGCACAUGACUUUCAAAAAACAACAGAGUUCAUGGGAACGACUAAAAACAUUAUAGCUAGUAUGAAGAGAGAUUGGAUGCAGACUGGCCGGAAACCAAGUGGAAUAUGUGGAGCAGCAAUGUACAUAGCUGCCCUUUCUCAUGGUAUCACGUGCUCGACGACAGAUAUUGCACACAUUGUGCAUAUGUGUGGAGCAACAAUAACCAAAAGAUUGAAUGAGUUUGCUAAUACCGAGGCUGCAACUUUAACUGUUGAGGAGCUCAAAAAAAGCGAAAAAAGUAUAUUGCUUGAAAAAACUUUUACGCCAAGACCAAAUUCCGCCAAGGAAGUAGUGAACUGUAAACAUAAGGAUUCAAAAAGUUUUGGUUAUGGAUUAUGCAAGGACUGUCACGAAAAGCUCAUGGAAGUUUCUGGUGGAGUUGUUGGUGGGUCGGAUCCUCCUGCUUUCCAGCGAGCAGAGAAAGAGAGAAUGGAAAAAGCAGCUAGAGAAGAAAACGAGGGAGGAGGCAUUGAGAGAAUUGAAGAAGAACCAUAUUGGAAUGCUGAAGCUUCGGAUGAAUCAGACAAUCUUUCUGACCUCGAUGGUGACCCUGUGGUGGAUGGCUGUAUUCUUGACGAGGACGAAAAGGUAGCCAUGAAGAAAUCAUGGGAGUUUCUUAACAGAGACUGGCUUAAGGAGCAAGCAGAUAAGGAAGCAGCUCUCAAGACUGCUAGUGAAGCUUUCAACGCGAGCAAUGCUAAUUGCCCUGAAUACGCAAGAAAUCUUGUUGAAGCUUCUAAAGCAUCUGUGACUAAUUCUAGAAAGGAAAAGCGGCAAAAACGUGCAGAGGAAGCAAAGAACGCGCCUCCCGCAUCCACACCUUUGGAAGCUGUUACCAGAGCGCUUGGUAGAAAGAAUAUCAGUUUCAACUACGAUCUUUUGGAAGAGCUCUUAGAUACUUCCUCAGGUGAGAAGUCCCACAAGAAAUCAAGAACCGAAACAGUUAUAGAGAAGAAGGAGAAGGAAGUUGAAAUUGAAGAGGAGGAGGAAGAAGAAGAUGAAGAACAACCAUACGAAAUGAACACAGAUGAGAAAUUCUAUGAAGACCAAGUGGAAGAGGAAGAGGAUGGUUAUGAUUUUGGAUUGUAUUAAUAUAUUAUCUAACUAUAUUAUACUAGGGGCGGAGCCCCGCGCAAGUGCGGGGAUGUUAAAAAUACAUAUUUGUUGUAGUUGAAAAUAUUAUAAGAGAUGGAGUCAAG